ACGUUUUAAAUGCAGGACUUUUACAUGUAAUGGAGUACUUUGACAUUGUGGUGUUUUCUUUAUUUAUCACAUUGGCGAAAAUGGGCUUUCACAGCAUACUUGCUCCACCACCGACACUAAUUAGGGGGUAAAGUUAGAGGGUGACUUCUGCCAUGUGCUGUUUAUUUUAAGGCUUCACCAGCAGUAGGGGGCGGUAGUAUUAGACUCUAGAUACAAUGAAGAGGAUCCCGUGAUCAAUAUUUACGGAAGUGAUGCCUCCUGAACUCAGUCUGUCAUUAAUUCUUUAAGAUACGUGGGGUAACGUUGUCACGCACCACCAAGAUAGCAGUGUCUGCUUAGCUCACUUAAUGUUAGCUUCAAAGGAACAUAUGCUUACCUGUUAGCUAGGUAGUAAAUGGUAGUGGAUAUAUCUAUGGGUAGCAGGAACAACUGACGUUAGCUAACAUAACUAACUAGCUAGCUUGAAAAUCGCAGAGGCAACAACUACCCGGCCUUUCAGUUUCUCUCCUGCGGGACAUGGUUGUCUUGUUAGUCCGGGUGUGUUUGGGGGUCAUGUGAAGUCAUUGCAGACGGUUAGUUAUAAAUUAGAUAUUUGGGGUUAUCUCGUGGCCGUUUCUGGAAACGUUAACGAAAGCUAGCUAAGCGCUAGCUUGCUAGCACGACGUUAGCACUAUGGGAGCCGAACAGAGUGGAGAUGCAGAGCACAAACACUCCGAUUACAGCUCAUCGGUGGUGCCCUCCCCAGCAAAGCAGAAAGCAAAGAUGGAUGAUAUUGUCGUCGUGGCUCAGGGGACUCAGUCAAUGCGAAAUAUCCACAACGACCCAGAUGUCAUCAAGCUUCAGGAGAUACCAACCUUUCAGCCACUUUUAAAAGGCAACUUUUUAAGUCUUCCACCUGCUGACAUGAGUUAUAGUGUCAUCUUUCAGACCGACAGUUCAUUAGGAGUGCUGAGUGGCCAGACGUCACCCAGCAGUGUGUGUCUGGAAAGGCUGGAUACUGCGCAGGUUAUGCAGCUCUGCAUUCGUUACCAAGACCACCUACACCAGUGUGCUGAGGCCGUGGCCUUUGACCAGAACGCCCUGGUCAAGAGGAUCAAAGAGAUGGACUUGUCAGUGGAAACCUUGUUCAGCAUAAUGCAGGAGCGCCAGAAACGCUACGCCAAGUACGCCGAGCAGAUCCAGAAGGUUAACGAGAUGUCCAUGAUCCUGAGACGCAUCCAGAUGGGCAUUGACCAGACGGUGCCGCUGAUGGAGCGCCUCAACAACAUGCUGCCUGAGAGUGAGCGCCUGGAGCCCUUCAGUAUGAGGCCUGAUGGGGAUUCUGCCACAAAGUAGCCUCCUUAAAGCCAACACAGCGGUUUCUUACCUGAGUCUUCAUCCAAUCCUAUGGCCAGGAAGAAGUGCAGGUCUGUCCAGCUGUAGGGAUUACCCAUUACAUUUUUUUUAUUAUCAUAGUAGAGGUAGAGCUUAGGUAUAAAUGUGUUAGACUGCUAUAUUCAACUCGCCAGGUCAGUUCUAUUUAUUCUUUUACUUAAUGCAGGACGUUUUGCAGAGCAACACAUGCUCCCAAUCAGCAACAUCAUACUUGCUAUAACACUUUUACUCAGCACACACACGUUCAUACCUGAGUUUAACCACAACCUUCUGCUACUGGCCACUGAGCAGCACUACUGGAGCAAUUUAUGAAGUGCUGCGAUCAAAUGCAGAGGGCCUUGACAUUAUUUCUUAUCCCCUCUUUGCAGGGAAUCAAACUGGUAAUCUUCCAGGCACACACUUUUUUAGUAAUCUAAAGGCAGGGGAGGAACACUUUUAAUUGAGUCAGAACUAACUCCAUAUGCUCAAAAACUUGCAGACGUGUUGCAGGUUUUAGAGACUCAAAUCAGUGUGAGUGACAUUAAAGUAUCUCAAAAUGUUUCCUGCUGCUUUGGAGAUUUGCCCAAACCUCCCAAAACAUCAGAGCUAGUCAAGAACUUGCACUCAACAUUACAAAUAUUUGUUGUUUGUGAUCCUGAUCUUCUUAUCGCUUUCACGCCAUAUGCCUGGCUCACUGUUUGGAAAUCCCUUCCACGAACUGCUUGCAUGCAGAUUGACUGCUUUUAAAUUUCUGAACAAUAUUAUUGCAUCAUUUUGGAAUAUUAUGAAGAAGAGACUCAUGGAGAGAACCAAAACGGAUUAUUGCCAUUGGAUUACACAAGGAGCAUGGAUGUACUGCACAUUGGAAGUAAAAUGAGAAACCUCUUCUUGGACAGAGGGUAGUUGAAAUAUUCUCAUGAACAGUUUUGUGAAAAGAAAACUUGACUUUAAUUUAUUUGGAGACUUGCUAUUUUGCUAUUUUCCUGCAAAACAAUGAAGAAAAUGACACAAAGGACCAAACGGCGACCCUGACGCUUUAGGUUUUUCAGCAGAUUGGUACAGAAGAUUGAUACAGAGGUGGACAGAAACCAUUCUAGCAAGUUAUCCAUCACAGAGUUUCCUGCAGUGCGAUUUCAGCAUUAACUUUGCAUGUUUGUUAGCUCUGUCAUCACACAUGCCAAAGAUUCCCAAAUUCUUAAAGCUGUAAGUGGCACUUUAGAGUCGGUCAUAUCUUUGGUCUCUUUGAGGAAAGUGACUGCUUUAUCUGUUGAAUAUUUGUUUAUGUAUCAAACAUUUUGCUUGUUAGGUUUAAAGCACAUUUCCCUUUUACCUCCUAGAGGUAUCUAUCGAUGCAGAUACGUUUUUUUUCCAGUUGUCCAGGUAUUUUCCAAGAUUUAUGUCACCACCACAAUUCAGUAUAGGUGACCGACAUCUUAUUUCUGCAGCACAGAGCAAUAAAGAUAAAGACAUUAAUCAACAUAUUUGGAGAAAAAAAUGUUCAUGUUAUUUGGGAUAAUCUAAAAAACGCAUGGCCAACAGUUUUAAUAUAUGCUAUUUUUUUAGGUAGAAAAGUAACCAGGACAUUGUUUCUGAAAGACAAGAGAAAAUGUCAGUCACAUUUGUUGUAUUUGGUGGCAGCAAACUAAAAACCUGGCCUUUUCCCCUAAUUUGGGUGAACAAACACUUAAACAACAUUAUCAUUGGUCAGUUUGUGUGGUAAUGUAAAAUAAGACAAAAAAAAAAAUGGUUAUUAUUGCAGCGGUGUGUCUGUAUGGGCUUGUGUAAAUCCACCAGAUGGUGCCAGAGAUAACUGGAGUCUGUGGCUUCAUAUGUGAAGGUUAAAAGUCCCUAAACAGCUGUUUCAGUGAGGAUUAAAGAUCUUGAGGUUCUUAAGAACUUUUUUCUUUUAAAUUUCAUAGACUACAUGAUUAACCAAGAAAAUAAUUGCGAGAUCAAUUGCUAAUGAAAACAACCAUUAGUUGCAGCCCUACAUUGCUUGCUGUUACAUUUGUUAUCUCUAACUGCUGUGCAUCUGGAAAACUCACCGUGAGCUGUCAAGUUAUAAGCUGUGGCACAUUAACAGGGUUUUUAAUACAAUUAUUAAUUAGGAGUGCUAAUUCUGAUCAGUGUGAUUAAAAGACACAGAAAAGACAGAAAUGUUGUGUUUGUGAUGCUAGCAACAUCACAGAAGUCUUGAAGCCGGUUGUAUGUAUCCUUUGAGGAUUACACCAUGUAUGCAUCAAACCCAAAGACCAAAUCAGAAUUAGGCAUUAAAGGAUUUUGGCCAGAAAGCUUCUUGCUAAUGGUGAGUGGCUCCUCUAUGGAGUCAGUGGUGGGUGGUGUUAUUUUCCCAUGAGCCAUGUAGUCUGAUUAGAAUUGUUAUGUACGUCGUUGAAUUUUUCAUCGGUGUAUAAACACGUUGAACUCAAUUACACCUACAAAAGAAUCCUCCUUGCUUUGAGGUACAGAAUUAGCCCGUUCGUUGACAUAAGGGACAUAAGACAGAAACAAGUUUUCUUCUGAAUUUAAAGCAGGACUCCUUUGAUAUGUUAUCGCCUUUCAUGUGUAAAUUAAAACGAGUGAAAAAUGUCUUAAA